CAAAUAUUUUUGUCGCGGACCCAAAGCUUAUUUCAUUUUCAGUGUCAUAUUGUAUCAAAUUUGUUUUUCAGCAUAAUAUCUGGAUAUAUUCUAUCAUUAUUAUCAUGUAUAUUUAUAUUUUGUGUUCAUUGUUAUUAUUUGUCUAUCAAACUAACGGGCAGGGACCAAUCGUCCCCCCAGGACUACGACCGCUCGUGGGCCCGGCAGGUCCUACUGGAUCGUUUGUAACAACUGACAGUGUGGUAUAUGGCACAUGUUACUUCAACAACACAUACACCCCUGUACAGGGCAGGGUAGAUAUCAGACAAAAUCUACAAAUUAACCCACCAGUUAUUGAGAUGCGGGUACAGGCGUGGGGUUUACCUCAGAGUACAAUGAGUGACGCCGAGCACGCGAUGCACGUGCAUCAGUGGGGAGACACGACACGUAAUUGUUACAACGCCGGUCCUCACUUUGACUCGGACGCCUUUUCAGUCCACGGAGGUCCAGCUUCUAUGGAUAGAACUGUUCGACAUGAUGGUGACCUUGGUAAUCUACGUCAGACUAACGAUGGUAUCAUCGACACCAGUUUUAACGUUCAGAAUAUGAUGUUGGUAGGGGACGCUAGUAUCAUGGGCAGAUCCAUUGUUAUGCACGAGGGACGGGAUGAUCUAGGGCGCGGAAACACACCCGUUAGUUUACAGACCGGAAAUUCGGGCGCUCCCAUUGCAUGCUGCGUGGUAGGGUUGUCAGAUGCUACUAACUGGAAUAACCCAUUACUGGUCAAUGGACAAUUCCGAAAUCGUGGGAUGAAUCCACUUAACCCGAAUGUUAACAUGCUUGGUUAAACACCACAUAUAGCAUAAAUAUUAUAUAAACCCAUAUUUGACAGUGUUCCAAAAAUUGAUAGGACUGUGCAAAAAAGUUUCAUUAGUUCAUAUUUUCUCAGCUGCUAACAUUAAUUCAGUUGAAACAUAGGAGUGUAAACUUACAAAAUUACAUUGCAGAACUCCUAUAAAUUUUACUUUGAAAGCAAUUUAAAAACAGAAAAUGUUGCAGCAGUUACACGAGGGAUUUCUCAUCUGUAUUCACAUAAACAGUAAUUAUCUCUGACUUUACAGUCCUAGAAUGACAUUAUAUGGAAUCUUUUUCCCAUAAAUUUCUGAUAAUUUAACAGGAUCAUAAUUAAAUAGGAUUUCUACAGCUUCAUAUGACAUUUGAAAGUAAAUUUCACAAUACAAGAUGACAUCUGUAAA